AUGGUAUUAGCACAUGAUGGAAAUAUCAAUGAACCCGACUGGCGAGAAUUUUGGGGUGUGAAGUUCAAGUGGACUCCAGAGCACUUGACAUCUAAAGACUUCGAGCAUCUAAUACGUACCUACGACACCGUCGCCACUGAUGCCGUCGAAAGAUUAGACCAAAUCUCCCAUCUAUCUUCUAAGAUAGAGGUCCCUGGGGACAGAGACGACGCGCCAAUACCAGAGAAGAAAGUCCGACGAGAUCUAUACGAACUUCUCAAACAACAUGGGACAACCGAUGAGAAGCUCAAGAGACUCUGGAGUGAGGUCAACACGGUCCCGGAUUGGGUUGACUGGGAACAGAUAGAAAGGGGGCAGAAGGUAUUUUACCGAUACGGAGGCCCCGCCAUCACAUCUGUGAGCGAUCCAAAACCUAAGAUCAGUAGCGGCAUGGGAAGCGGGCGAACCGUCGAGACGCUCGACCGCACCGGCGGUUUCGGGGCGGACGUAGUCCGACGCCGGCUCCUAGAAACGACGCAGCACACCCUCAACAUAACGCGCGACCUCGCGUCCAUCAAGCCCGGCGGCGACGGCUUCGUAGACUCGAUCCGGGUGCGCCUGCUGCACGCGACAGUGCGCCGGCGCGUCAUGCGGAUGGCCUCGUCUCGACCGGGGUACUAUGACACGCAAGCCCUGGGCGUCCCGAUCAACGACCUCGACUGCAUCGGCACCGUCAACGCCUUCUCGGCCACCGUGCUGUGGAUGGGGCUCCCGCGACAGGGCAUAUAUCCGCGACGGCGCGAGAUCGCGGACUACCUCGCGCUCUGGCGGUACGUCGCGUACCUCAUGGGGACGCCGCACGACUGGCUGUCCACACCCGAGUCGGCGAGGCGGAUGAUGGAGUCGCUGCUGGUCGCGGAGAUCCAGCCCACGCGCGCGUCCGCGAACCUCGCCAACAACAUCAUCACGGGCCUGCAGGGGCAGCCGCCGACGUACGCCUCGCGCGGCUUCAUGUGCGCGCAGACGCACUGGCUCAACGGGCGCGAGCUGUCCGAGGCCCUGGCCAUCGACCGCCCGAGCCUGUGGUACUUCGCCCUCGUGCUCGGGCAGUGCGUCAUGUUCAUGGCGCUCAGCUACGUGAACCGCAGCAUCGGCUAUCUCGACGAGCGAAAUAUCAAGCUAGUCCGUAAAGCGCUCUACCAGAUUUUGCUGCUGGAUAAAUCCAAAGGCGCGCUGGGGUACACUUCCAAGUUCAAUAUAAGGUACCUCCCCUCGUUCGCCAAGACGACGACGGAUCGCGGUGCGCCGGCGAGCCGCGAGACGCAGGAUACGCUUGGCAAAGCGGAAUGCACGGCGCUGAUGUCGUUGUUCGCCUCUGCGGCUCUCGUCAGCGCUUCGGUAUGGUAUUGUGUGAAAGCUGUGAGAUGGCUAGUUAGUAAUUGA